AUGUUCGCUGCGUCUACUCUCAUGUGCGUCUUCAAGUACAUGAACUUGACAGCCACCGGUACGCUGUUGUUGUUGUGCACAGAAGCAGCAAAGAUGUUCCAAAAUUCGGGAAAAGCGUCCAUAUCGCCAGAAAAGAAUGGUAUCUCGAUUGAGGGUAAGCUAUACGAACUGGAGAAGAUGAGGCACGUCGAUGCAAGGGGAAAGUUUGAAGUUGGAUUUGGCAGAAGAGUUUGGAAUCCAAAAGGGUGCAUGCUCGUUUGA